GUGUCGCAGAUAAUUAUCAUCCAUCCUCGCCGCCAAUGCGGCAGUCAAUUGCCCCACGAAUUCGUCCACGACAGAAACACCUCCCGUUGAUUAAGACGUAGCAUCUCUACUCCUAGAAUCCAGACCAUCCUAUUCCCUGACUCCCUGAGAAAUCGCGAGCUUGUGCUGUAAGUAGUAGUAGUCCACGGCUGGACGGCAAUGGCCUCUUCCUCCUCCUCCUCCGAGGCGGCUCCAUUGUUUCUAGCUCGCCAGGACCAGGAGGAUGAGGCAGCCAUGGCGGCUGCUCCGUCGGGCAGGUGUCAGCAGCAGCAGCAGGAGGUGAUGCGGAGCUGGGCGGAGACGAUGCUGUGCUGCUGCGGCGGCGCGGACUGCGGGCGGCUGUGGCGCAGGGUGGUGCUGCGCAAGUGGCUCAACGUCGGCGCCGGGUCCGGCGACUCCGACUUCAGCGCCGACGAGGACGACGACGAGCCCGACCACCAAGACAAGUGUUGUCGCGAACACAACCUGUAUGAUGAAGACAGGAGAUUACAUGGACUUGGUGCAGGCACGAUCGGUAUUCAAAUGAAGGAUGUCCCUUACGCGGACAGAAUAUGCAAAGCAGCAACACCUCUUGCUCAAUAUAUUGAUGCCACAGAACUCAGGAUUUUCGUAGGGACAUGGAAUGUUGGAGGCAGAGUUCCACCCACUGACUUGAACAUUCAAGAAUGGCUGGCGAUGGAGGAGCCAGCUGAUAUUUAUGUUCUUGGAUUUCAAGAAAUUGUUCCACUAAAUGCUGGGAAUAUAUUCGGUGCUGAAGACGACUAUCCAGUUGCAGUAUGGGAAAACAUCAUUCGUGAAACUUUGAAUAAGAAAUGUCACGGUGAUCCUCCUUCACCAUCAAAGUUUAAUCCAUCAGAUUAUCUUGUGAUGGAAGAUGACUUGCUUAGUGAGGCUGACAAUGAAAGUGAAGGGGAACUUCAUCCAUUAAUUGAACAAGACAAUAACCUAGCUACUAAUGAUAGUGGAGUCCAUCUACUUCAAGACGGUGCAUCAGUUACUUCACUGACACAUGAUAAUUCUAAUGGUUUUCCAGAAGGUGAUUUAGACCAUGAUGUCAGUACCGAUCAUAGAGUAGUUAAACAGAAAAGGCCAUAUUUUGUAAGGAUAAUAAGCAAGCAAAUGGUGGGAAUAUAUCUUUCGAUAUGGGUUCGGAGAGGCCUUAGAAAGCACAUUCGAAAUUUGAGAGUAUCAACUGUAGGUGUAGGCGCGAUGGGUUAUAUUGGUAACAAGGGUUCAAUAUCAGUCAGCAUGUCUAUAUAUCAGACACCCUUUUGCUUUGUAUGUUGCCAUUUGACCUCUGGUGAAAAGGAUGGAAAUCUAAUAAAGAGAAAUGCAGAUGUUCAAGAAAUCCUUCGAAGAACAGUAUUUAAUCCAGAUCAUAGAAAGUGCAUGCCUAAGGGAAUAUAUGACCACGAAAGGAUUAUAUGGUUUGGGGAUCUCAACUACCGACUCAACCUUUCAUUUGAAAGUACACAUGAACUCAUCUCAAGAGAGGACUGGGAUGGAUUGUUCGAGAAUGAUCAGCUAAGAAGCGAACUGAUGAAAGGGCGUACAUUUGAUGGCUGGAUAGAAGAGGUGAUCAACUUCCCCCCAACGUAUAAGUAUGAAUUUAACUCGGAAAAGUAUGCAAGUGACGAGCCAAAAUCUGCAAGAAGAACACCUGCAUGGUGUGAUCGGAUUCUUUCACACGGAAAGGGUAUCAGGUUAGCUUCUUACAAGAUGGCGGAGCUCAACCUUUCUGAUCACCGCCCGGUGUCUGCAAUCUACAUCGCAGAGGUUGAAGUUUUAGCCCAAAGAAAGUUGCAGGAAGCAAACAUUCACUGAUUUGGUGGCCGAGGAUCAUAUAUUAUUGACGAAAAAAGUACUUGUUGAAUAAAGACCACUGGAAUGUGAGAGAAGAUGCAAGUUCUUAGCUCAAGGUGCAGUGGCCAAAGGGCACUGCUGGUAUUUCAAACAAGUUCGUAAAAUGUACAGACGCAAGUAGGGGGGGUGCAGUUUGAUGUAUAGCACUAGGGAUUGGUGUGGGGGAGGAUUUUCCCCGUCAGAUUGAUACGUGUAGAUGCAUAAUCAUGAUCAUUUUUUUCAUCCAGUGAAUAAAUAAAUAAGAAUAAAGCUAGUCAAACACUUCA